AUGGCCGCCAGCAUCGCUUCCAGCCCGAUGAGCCUCCCCGUCGGCGACCGUCGGCCGUCGCUGACCCUCUUCCAAGGACAGCGGCCUCCGACAGGGCACCGGCGGUUCUUCUCUGCUAAAGCCGCGCCGAACAUGUCGUCGCAGCGCCGUCCUCGUCGUUCUUGCCAUGUCGUCGCCUCGGUGGCCACAACCGACCGCCCGGCCCCCCUGGCCGGGGACGUGGACCGCGGCUCUCAGCCGGCGGAGACGUCCGGGCGCUCCGACGACGACGGGCAACUGCCCGCGCGGUGGCGGGAGAUCCAGGGCAGCGACCACUGGGAGGGCCUGCUGGACCCCAUCGACGCCGUGCUCCGCGGGGAGCUCAUCCGUUACGGCGAGUUCGCGCAGGCCUGCUACGACAGCUUCGACUACGACCGCUUCUCCCCUUACUGCGGCAGCUGUAGGUUCCCGGCCAAGACCUUCUUCCAGGACGCCGGCCUCGGCGGCGCUGGUUAUGAGGUCAGCCGUUACCUCUACGCCACCUGCAACGACCUCAAGCUCCACAACUUCGGGGGCCGGAAGCACAGGUCCGCCGCCGGCGACAAGCUGUGGAGCGAGAUGGGCACGUUCAUCGGCUACGUGGCCGUGUCGACCGACGAGGAGACGGCGCGGCUCGGCCGCCGGGACAUCGUCGUGUCGUGGCGCGGCACCGUCACCCGGCUCGAGUGGGUGGCCGACCUGACGGCCAACCAGAAGCGUCUGAGCGAGAUGGGCGUCCCGUGCCCGGACCCCGAUGUGAAGGUGGAGAUGGGGUUCGCGGAGCUGUACACGGGCAAGGACGCGGCGUGCCGUUUCUGCAGGUACUCGGCGCGGGAGCAGGCGCUCGCCGAGGUGCGCAAGCAGGUGGAGCUGUACCACGGCAGGGGCGAGCAGGUGAGCGUGACGGUCACCGGCCACAGCCUGGGCAGCGCGCUGACGAUGCUCAACGCCUUCGACAUCGCGGAGACGGGCGCGAACGCGUCGCCGGACCACGGCAGGAAGGCGCCGGUCUGCGUGUUCUCCUUCGCGGGGCCGCGCGUCGGUAACCUCAGGUUCCGGGAGCGGUUCGAGCGGGAGCUCGGCGUGCGGGCGCUGCGCGUCGUCAACGUGCACGACGGCGUGCCCAAGGUGCCCGGCGUGUUCUUCAACGAGGCGGCGUUCCCGGAGGCGGUGCUCCGGGCGGUGGACGGGCUGGGCGCCGGCGGCGUGUACACGCACCUGGGCGUGCCUCUGGCGCUGGACCACAAGGUGUCGCCGUUCCUCAAGGAGACCAUGGACAUCUCGUGCUACCACAACCUGGAGGCGCACCUGCACCUGCUGGACGGCUUCCGUGGCUCCGGCGAGGGGUUCCAGCUCCGCGGGAGAGACCCCGCGCUGGUGAACAAGUCGGCCGAUUUCCUCCGCGACGAGCACAUGGUGCCGCCCGUGUGGUACCAGGCGGAGAACAAGGGCAUGGUCAGGACGGAGGACGGACGGUGGGUGCUGCCGCCGCGCCAUAGGGACAUCGACGAGCACCCGGAUGACACUGACCAUCACCUCCAGCAGCUCGGUCUCACCGCAUCAACCUAG